AUGCGACGAACCUUCGCUCUGGUCACCGUGGUUGGGGGUUUCUGUUUCCUGUUCCUGUCCCGCUACGCCACCGUGCUGCCGUGGCUGAGGUGGUGGAGGUCUUCCCUGCCACUGGAGGACGAUCUCGAAGGCAGCGGCUACCUGAUUCGGACACCGGCCUGCCAGAUACCAGCGUGGGACCCUUUCGACCCGAGCGUCAUUCGACUCUACCAUAAGGUAUCCGACUACGUGUGUCCUGGGAAAACGUCCUUUUUGCGCGUGCGCCCCAACGCGGUGCUGCAAGUCGACGAGGGUAUACUGUGGCGCCAGUACAGGCUCUCACGCGACCAAAUCAACUGCAGCUUCCAACCGGUGAGACGGGUGAUGAAAGUGAAGGGACGAUGGACGGACAGUCGGUUCGAGUUGGGAUCCCAGCGGCCCUUUCAGUUCGGGGUGCCUUUGGGAGAACACCACGUCAUCGUACAUUGCCUCCACGCGCAUCGUGAGAUCCUACUGCAGCACAUACCCCUGAUUCCGGUGUCGCAGCGGACCGAGCGAAGGCUGCGUCGAUUCGAAGAAGCGUCCUUGUCGACGUCAACGCCUAAGCUGAAUAUACUCAUGGUGGGACUAGACUCAAUCUCCAACCUCAAUUUUGAACGCCACUUACCGAAAACGAAAGCGUUUCUCAAGGACGUCUUGGGGGCUGUGCAGUUACAUGGCUAUACCAAGAUCGGCGACAACACUUUUCCCAACUUGAUGGCGCUGCUGACCGGACACUUUCUGGAGUACUACUGGAACGAGACCAUGAAAAACUUCUUUUUCGACGGUCUCGACUUCAUCUGGAAGGAGUUUGCACAGCGUGGACACCGGACUCUGUUUGCCGAAGACGCUCCAGACAUCGCCACGUUCAACUAUCUCAAACGCGGCUUCGCGAGGCCCCCGUCGGACUACUACCUUCGACCCCUCUGCGUAGCUACUGAACGGUCCUCCAUGCGAUCAAGGUCCGGAAGCCAUUGCUGGGGAUCCAAGAUGGAGGUGGACGUCGUCUUUGACUAUCUCGCCGACUUCGCAGAGGCUUUUCAGUCCAAGCCGCACUUCGGGUUCGCGUUCGCGGCUCGGCUGACACACGACCACCUAAACAACGCCGGUUACGCCGACGCGCCGUCGCUACGGCUCUUACGGAAACUACAUUUUUCCGGUGCGCUUCGAAAUACCCUGCUCGUCUUCUUUAGCGACCAUGGUCUACGGUUUGGCAAGAUCCGCACCACGUACGUGGGCAAGCUAGAAGAGCGCAUGCCCAUCAUGUUCCUGGCCUUCCCAGAGUCUUUUUUGGAACAACAUCCCGCCCAAGCACGGGCGCUGCGUAUCAACAGUCGACGGCUGACCACUCCGUUCGAUGUGCACGCCACUCUUCAGCAGCUUGCGUCCAAGUCUCCAGAGGAAGGGCAUCAGACGAUGCACGGCUUGAGCCUCUUCCAGGAGGUCCCACUGAAUCGGACUUGUGAGGACGCCUCGAUCUUCCCUCAUUGGUGCACGUGCCAGAACAGAACUGUGGUCGCCACGACCGAUCCCGGAGUGCUCAACGCUUCCCAUGCCUUGAUAGGCGCCAUCAACGCUAGGCUCACGCCCAGCGCAGCCCGGUGCGACGUGCUGCUGCUGGACAAAGUGUUCGAUGCCAGACAGUCGCAGCCAAACGAGAAAGUGCUGCGUUUUGUGACCCACCACAACGACGUGAUUGGACGGAGGAUACAGCUCGGCAGACGGACGGCUGCUCCGAUCGACUACUUGAUCACUUUGAGGGUUAGGCCUAGCGGGGCUUUGCUCGAAGGAACGGUGCGCUACUUUGAGCCUACGGACCAGUACACGCUUCUGGGCGACGUGAGUAGGCUUGACAAGUAUGGACGUCAAGGGGACUGCAUUAGGGACGCCACCUUGCGAAAGUUUUGUCAUUGCAGGUCGAUGACAGCGCCAGUGGCAAAGACGACGACGAGACGUUUCGCGUAA